AUGAAUAUUGCAAAGAAUUUAAUCAAGAAAAUUAAUCCUGUUCGCGUUAUUAAGGAGAUGAAGGAGAAAAAGGCGCGAAAGGAGUUGUUGAAGAAAGAAAGGAAGUUGAAAGCAAAAGAAGUUUUUGAGGAUAAAGUAUUUGAGGAUUGGGAAGAUGAAGUUAAGGAGAUGAAGGGGAAGAAGAAGAAGGAAGUUGUUCAUGAGGAAGAAGUUAUUGGAGAAGAAAUUGAAGUGCACGAUAAUUUUUUUGGGUUCAACAAUCGUGACUAUAAUGAGAUCAUGAAGUUGUCCUACAUAGAAUAUCGAAUCUUCUUUUUAACAAAAUUACAAAAUAAUGAGGUGCUGUUAGAGGAUAUGGUAUUUUCAGAUCCAAAAGACAGUGAAGUCGUUUGCUUUGACUUGAGAAGAAGAUGA